CCUCAAGAGUCUAAGCAUAUACUCUUUAGUUCUUCACAAACCAAAUGGCCUCCAAAGUUCUCAAGGCCACAUUCUACAUAUUGUUCUUGGCAAUCAUCACACUUGGAUAUGCCAACUCAGCUAGGAUCCUUGAUGAGGCAACCAGUCCCCUCCCGACAACUGUCCUAGCCUCAAACAAUCCCACCACUCCGUUGCCAAGUGGCCAAAUCCCUGCCACCGCAACAGUGGAUGACAAUGUGGACAACAGCGAGGUACCUAUCCCCAACGUCGAUGCCCCUGUUGAUGAUGUCACACCACCCGUUGAUGUGCCAUCACCCGUAGUUCCUCCUGUCAUCCCUGCGGUGCCAGAAGCCGACUCGCCGCAACCCGAAGAACCUGUCCCUACUACCGUGCCAGCACCUAUAACGGGCCCCACCAUCCCCUCGGCAACCGCACCAAUUCCUAUUGCGGGCCCCGCCAUUCCGGCACUACCUGCGCCUCUCCCCGUGGAAACACCCGUGGCCGUGCCCGCUACCACCGUGGCACAACCCCAUUUGGCCUUCUUCAUGCACGACAUUCUUGGAGGAUCACACCCGUCCGUUCGGGUGGUGACCGGGCUCAUUGCCAACACGGUGGCCAACGUCCCCUUUUCCAAACCAAACAACAAUAUUUUCCCCGUCACCGGUGGCACCCCCAUAAACAACAACAACCUCAACGGCUUCCUCAACAACAACCGCAACAACCUCCCCUCCAUCGCCGGCCUCACCGGCACUAGUACUGGCCUUACCAACUCCCAAACCAGCACCGUCAUCCAAAACUCCGGCAACAAUAACAUCGUCGACGGCGGCAGCAACCAGCCCUUCGUCACUGCCGGCCAGCUCCCAAACGGCGCUACCCUCCAGAAGCUCAUGUUCGGCUCCAUCACCGUCAUCGACGACGAACUAACCGAAGGACAUGAGCUCGGCUCCCCUGUGCUUGGAAAAGCUCAGGGUUUCUACUUGGCAAGCUCGUUGGACGGAAACAGCCACACAAUGGCGUUCACUGUUCUCAUGCACGGCGCACAUGACGUGGAGGAUACCAUCAGCUUGUUCGGGGUCCACCGCACAGCGGCGCCGGUGUCACACAUUGCCGUGAUCGGCGGAACCGGGAAGUAUGAGAAUGCGAAUGGCUACGCGGCCAUUGAGAGCCUUGUUCAGGAGGAUCAGCACACAACAGACGGUGUGGAUACCAUCAUGCAGAUCAGUGUUUACCUCUCCGAGUAAAACUAGUGUUUUUAUUUGGUAUUGUGAGCUUGACAGUAUCAGUGUUGGAUUUACUGUAUCUAUUCUCCAUGCAUCUUUAAUUGAAUGAAAAAUGUCUUCUG